AUGCCCAAACACACGGAAACCAGCAGUAAAUCAGAAAAGUCCACCGUCGACUCGUUUGAUCUACAGCAGCUUCCCAGCAGGUUGAUCCAGUAUCCAGCCAGGCCAUGUAAGGGGCGUAUCACUGUGACAAAAGAUGAUCUGGCGUGUCUGGGUGAGGGCAUGUACCUCAAUGACAUCAUCGUCGACUUCUACCUCAAGUACCUUCUGGAAGGAGUAGGUGGCGCUGUGGCUGAGAGCAGCCAUGUGUUCAGCAGUUUUUUUUACAAACAGCUGAGCAGACGGCAAACCGCCAGCGAAGAUGCCGCCAACUUUGUUUCUGAUCGCCACAUGAGACACCAGAGGGUGAAGAGGUGGACCCGUAAUGUUGACAUUUUCAAGAAAGACUUCCUGUUUGUGCCUGUCAAUCAGUCCUCUCAUUGGUUCUUGGUGGUGGUUUGCUUCCCGGGACUGGAGGCGGUUCAGUCCGAGGUCCGACACAGGCCAGCAGGUGGAGCAGAGCGAGCCGGUGAAAACGGAGCUGUCACUCGGACGUCCCAGCAGCCUCCGGAGUGCACUCGGAGAGGCUGUCAGAAAGACACCGUGAUGAAGAGGCCGUGCAUCCUUGUCAUGGAUUCGCUCAAUCUGUCGAGCCACGAGGACGUCUGCAAACACCUUCGAGAUUACCUACAGGUGGAAUGGGAGGUCCGAAAGUGCACGCCCCGCUUCUUCACGCAGGCCACAAUGCCGAACAUCACCUGCAGGGUCGGCCAACAGGACAACGGCUACGACUGCGGGUUGUAUCUGCUGCAGUAUGUGGAGAGCUUCCUGCAGAACCCCGUACUGCACUUUGGCCCCCCCAUUACCUUACAAAGCUGGUUUCCACGGAAACAAGUGCGACAGAAGAGGGAGAAGAUCAGGAGGCUGAUUCUCCAGAUGCAUCGUGAACAGCAGAAGGAAUCGGACAAUCAGCCACUGUGA